AUGGCGUCCGCGUUUGUCGGUUGCACUGUGCUUGUGACUCUGAAAUCACCCCCGAAUGCGCAGAUCCGGGGAACGGUAUCUAACAUUCUGGGCCAGCGCUUGACGUUGCAGAAUGUCACGCUGUUGUGGAAUGGUCAAAACUACCCAUCGUACAACAUCGACGCCCUAGGCAUCGCAGACCUUGAGGUGUCCAGCUCACAAAAUGACUUUCCACAGCAGCAGCAGCAUCAACCACCACCACCGGUGCAACAAAUCCCUAUCCAACCGAAAUUCGAACAAACCCCUGCCCCUCAACCCGUCGCAACAACAAAACAACCCUUUGUCGACCCUGCGAUCGUGAGUUUCUCGACGCGACCCACUAAACAUGCUGCUCCCUUGGAGAAGUCACUGUCAGCCAUAACCACCAAUUUUGGAUCAGGGCCCGGAUCUGUUCAUUCUGUGGAAACAACCCGCCCUCCUCGCACUGCCGAGCGACACGGUUCCGCUGUGACCGCUAUCCUGACGGAGCCCUUUAGCAACCUUGGACUGCAGGCUACUGAAAUAGCAGAUGGCGCAGCAGCACGAACAAAUAAAAUUCCUGUUUCUCAAGAAAACAUCCAAGAGAAGCAAGGAGGGAAACGAAAUAAGAGAGGCCGGAACAAGGCCCGGGAUGACAAGGUUGGCAAUGAAUAUCACAACGGUCUGAAAGGCAACGGUUGGCGACAGACUGCCUUUGUGGAGCCUAUUCAACCCAAAUAUCACACCGGAUACCCUACCGAAGACUACGCGAGUGAAGGAUUUCCAAAGCGAGGGAAAAACAAGAAUCACAAAUCCUACGCCGAACACCCCAGCGGAUGGGCAACAGAAGAUGCCACGGAUAUCCAAGAGCUCGGAGACUUUGACUUUGAAGGAAACCUGUCAAAGUUCGACAAACGGCGCGUAUUUGACGAAAUCCGCAACGACGAUGUUACUGCGGACGAAGACCGGUUGGUUAGCUUCAACAAGAAACCACGUCCAGGAACAAACGGCGGCAAGAAUUUGCACUGGACGGAAAAUGUACUGGACGGCGCCCCCGCCCAGUGGAAUAGCGAAGCAGGAGAGACGGAAACGAGUGAGGACAAGUUCAGCAGUGGGAACUAUUCUGGGCGUGACCGAUCGAAACCGCCCAGUAAAACAGUCAUCUCAAAAAAGAGCAGCACUGUUGUUACACAGUCUGCAGUGCCUGCUUCUCUUGUCGGUCGAGUCAACCCUACAUCUUCUCGCAAUGCCAGCCCGCUGCCCAACAAACAAUCCGGCAGAAUAUCUCCACUGAACGGGGUAGUUGGCAGUUCGACCGGCAGUCUGCGUUUGACCACGACAAACAGGAGCUGCCCAACUAUCAGCCCACUCCAGAUGCUCGAAAUAGAGCAGUUGGCAGUGAGCGAGCUUGGUUUAACUGAAGACAUGCUUACCGAAAAUGCUGGGCGGGGCAUCGCAGAGGCAGCCGUGGGUAGGCUUGGAAACGACGCUGCAGCGCCAGCUGUACUGAUAUUAACCGGGAAUCAUCGAACGGGAGGGCGAGUGAUUGCAGCUGCACGUCAUUUGAAGAACCGAGGCCACCGAGUCACUCUUUGCUUUCUGGGUCUGGAGCAUGAAACCGAGCUCCUAGAGAAUUGCCGGAAGCAACUAGAAAUCUUCAAAAAGGUCGGCGGAAGGGUGCUAAGAUGGGAAGAACUAUCAGCACGUCUCUCCACGCCAGACUUUGGCAUCGACCUGGUCAUUGACGCGAUCUUCGGUGUCCACAUUGCCUUUGAGGACCUGAGGAGUGAUGAUCAGGCCACGGCUUGUGAGAUGAUCGCUUGGGUGAAUAGAAGCAAUCUGGUCAUUAUCUCGGUGGAUAUUCCUACAGGGAUAUCCGCUUCCACAGGUGAUGUAGGCAUUACCCAAGGCUCGCGCCUCUCGAUCAAUUCAGAUUUCGUGGUUUGCUUGGCGGCACCCAAGACAGGGGUUAUGCAAGCACUGCAAUCUGGACGAGGCAGCUCAUGGGAACUCACAGUCGCCGAUAUUGGAAUUAGCCAAGUAGUCUGGAGGAAAUACGGCACGCGGCGUCGGCACGGGAUUACCCAUUCGGAAUGGGCCUCUGAAGACUCAUAUUCAGCCAGCGCUGGCGCUGGCGUGGCCGGAUCGCGCAAAGGUGGCGCGGCGCAUGUCUCUUUCAAACGACUGCCGUUCAAUUUCUGCUCACUCUCGCUCCAACCAUUCAACCACCCGGUGUGCACGGCGACAGGGACGCUCUUCGACCUCACAAAUAUUCUGCCCUGGCUGAAGAAACACGGUACCAACCCCGUUGACGGAAGUCCGCUCAAGAGCGCCGAUCUGAUCAAGCUGAACUUUGCAAAGAAUGAGGCGGGCGAAUACGUCGAUCCGGUCACGUUCAAGGUCUUUACGAAUAACACGCACAUUGUCGCUUUACGGUCAUCGGGCAAUGUGUUUGCGUGGGAUACCGUGGAGAGGCUGAAUGUCAAGGCGAAGAUGUGGCGCGACUUGGUCUCGGACGAGGAGUUUGGUCGCAAGGAUAUCAUCACGCUGCAGGAUCCGCAGAAUGUCGAGUCGAGGAAUCUCAGCUCGUUCAAGUACAUUCAAGACGGCGAGAGUGGGUUGUCGGACGAGCAGAUACGCGAGCGCAACGACCCGGCGAACAAUGUGAAUUUGAACGCGAUGGGUAGUUCUGCAAAGAUCCUCAAAGCAAAGGAGGCUGUGGCGCGAGCUCGCGCUGAGCGUACCGCCGCUCAGCAAGCUGGAGCCAAAGGAGGCAAGGACGCAAAAGCUCUAUCGGCGAAGCCAAAGUCGACAACGCUCUCUCACCAAAGCGCAAAAGCUACGCCAUACAAUGCGGCCCGGCAUACGACCGGCCUUGCUGCGGCGUCGUUCACCAGCACAGGAUUGACCCCCCAUACGGCGGCUGAGCUGGCUACUCUUACAGACGAACAAUACAUGCUGAAACGGGGACGAGUUAAAUCCAAGGGAUACGCCCAGAUUUCGACAACGAUGGGUGAUCUCAACCUGGAGCUACACACUGAAUACGCACCCAAGGCCGUGUGGAAUUUCAUUCACCUGGCCAAGAAGGGAUACUAUAAAGACGUUGUUUUUCACCGCAACAUCAAAGGAUUUAUGAUCCAAGGCGGCGAUCCUACGGGUACGGGACGCGGCGGCGAGAGUGUCUGGGGCAAGAAUUUCGAUGAUGAGUUUGACGGCCCGUACAAGCAUGAUGCGCGAGGCACGCUCAGCAUGGCGAAUAAGGGUAAAAACACCAACAGCAGUCAAUUCUUUCUCGCAUAUCGUGCCCUACCGCAUUUGAACAACAAGCACACGGUGUUUGGACGGAUAAUCGACGACCCGUCGCCCUCGUCGGCGACUCUUAAUGGUAUGGAAGUCGCACCUGUGGACUCGACGACCAAUCGACCAAAGACGGACAUCCGCAUCAAAGACGUGACGAUCUUCGUCGACCCGUUUGAAGAGUUUAUGAGCCAGCAAAAGAAGGCCGGCAAGGAAGCGGGGGCCGCAACUGACGCGCCUAAAAAGGACGAUGUCGACGAGCAUGUAGACGACGACUCAGUCACAUGGACUGGAAAACGCGUGCGUCGCUGGGACGGCGCAGACACAUCGGACUCUAGCCAUGCCGGCGUGGGCAAAUAUUUGAAAGCGGCAUUGGCCGAGCAACACAGUCGCGGGGGGGCUGAUGAAGACGAGAUCGUGGAGUUUAUGGACGAGGCAGAGGCGGCGCCACCAGAGCACACACGCAAGAAGUUCAAGGCCAGCGGGGGGUUUGGCAACUUCGAGGGGUGGUGA